AUGGCGGCGUCGAGGCUAGAACUUAAUUUAGUGCGGCUGCUGUGCCGCUGCGAAGCGAUGGCAGCAGAGAAGCGGGACCCAGACGAGUGGCGCCUGGAAAAGUACGUGGGGGCCCUGGAGGACAUGCUGCAAGCCUUGAAGGCCCAGGUGAGUAAACCAGCAUCCGAGGUGAUCAAUGAAUACUCUCGCAAGGUGGACUUUCUGAAGGGGAUGCUACAGGCAGAGAAGCUGACUUCGUCCUCAGAGAAAGCUCUAGCCAACCAGUUCCUUGCCCCAGGCCGUGUGCCAACCACAGCCCGGGAGCGGGUGCCCGCCACAAAGACAGUGCAUCUACAGUCCAGGGCGAGGUACACCAGCGAGAUGCGUAGUGAACUGCUGGGAGCGGUAAGGCUUCUCCCAGAGCCUGACGUAAGGAAGCGAACCAGGGUGACAGGGCCCAGGCCAAUGGACGAGAAGCAGUCAGCAGCCGAGCUGGACCUUGUUCUGCAGCGACACCAGAAUCUCCAGGAGAAGCUGGCAGAGGAGAUGCUAGGUCUAGCCCGGAGCCUCAAAACCAACACUCUGGCCGCUCAGAGUGUGAUCAAGAAAGACAACCAAACCCUGUCGCACUCGCUCAAAAUGGCCGACCAGAACCUGGAGAAGCUGAAGACGGAGUCAGAGCGGCUGGAGCAGCACGCGCAGAAGUCAGUCAACUGGCUGCUCUGGGCCAUGCUCAUCGUCGUCUGCUUCAUCUUCAUCAGCAUGAUCCUCUUCAUUCGGAUCAUGCCCAAACUCAAAUAA